AUGAUAAUAACUCUUCUCUCAUCAAUCCUCACAAAUUCCACACUUCUUCUCCUGAUCAUCUUCAAAUCCGAUCGAUUAUUCGGUGACUUUCGAUAUGUUUUAUUUAUCUAUACAAGUUAUUGUAUAUUCUACGCAUCAGUUCAAUUCAUAGUUCAACCAAUAAUCCAUACUUUUGGCCCAAUUUUUGUGCUCAUCGUGAAUGGACCAUUCACCUUUUCAAAACCAAUUGGAGAGCUUAUGCUUGGUAUAUAUUGUGCCACAUAUGCACUUUGUAUAACAUUUCUUGUUGCUCAAUUCAGAUAUCGAUAUAUUGCAACAAUCCAAAUCCAGAGAGAACUUCUAUCAUAUCUUCAGAUCUUUAGGAUCUUUAUUCCCUGUCUCUUCAUUUCUCUUAUUUGGUUUUCAAUUUGUUAUUUCGGAUUUCACGGAAAUUAUAAUAUGAAGAAAAUGAUGUUGCGAAAUGAUGUUAUGCAAAAAUAUAAAAUAAACCUGGAAAACACAUCAUUUAUUGGGCCUUGUUAUUAUACAAUUGAUGAAAAUGGAUUGAGAGAUUACAGAUUGUUAGAAGUUAUAUUUGGUGAAGGUCUAGUUAUGAUUAUCAUCGGAUGUUUUUCAAUGAUCUCAUUUUUCUCAAUAAGCAUUAGAAUACAGCAAAAUGCGACGAAAUAUUCAUUUAGUGAGCGGAAAGCGCAAAUCAAUAAUCAAAUAUUUCUAACAAUGAAUCUACAGGUAACAAAAGAUCACAAGAAUUCUCUUCAAAAAAAAUUCCAGGCAAUUCUGCCAUUUUUCUUGAUGUAUAUCCCAGUUUUAUUUGUUGUCACAGCUCCAUUAUUCGAUAUUGAUUACAGUUAUUUUUCGAAUCUGACUGCUUUGAGUGCUUCAGUUUAUCCCGCAAUUGAGCCGGUUAUUGCAAUUGUUUUGAUUCGGGAAUAUCGAGAGGUUUUUGUGUGUAAAACAAAGGUUCGGAUAAAUACUGUGCAUUUGGAUAAUGCUACUUGA